AUAAUAUUUCUUUCUUCUUCCUCAGCGGUAGGGACUGAAGACUGAAUCCAAGCUAGGAGAAAAAUGAGGAGAUCACAGUCAAGUCCUCACUCCAAAUGCAGCCAACUGGAGCUGCUUCCUUCUCUCUUUCACUUUUUGCUUUGGACUCGCUCUCUCUCUCUCACAAAAGAACUGCUCGAAAUGACAAUCAUGCCCUAUUCAAUUUUGUUCUGCUAUCAUCCUCCGAUUACUCUCCAUGCUUGUCAUAGUUCUAGACCUCCUCAUUCGUCGAUUCUAGUAAUACGGCAAUGGCUUUUAUGAGGCUUGGCUCUAAAUCUGAAAUAUUCCAUCGUGAAGGCCAAACCUGGUAUUGCACCACUGGGCUUCCAAGUGAUGUUACCAUUGAAGUUGGAGAAAUUACUUUUGAUCUUCACAAGUUUCCACUUAUUUCAAGAAGUGGUCUAUUAGAGAAGCUGAUUGAAGAACAUUCCACUGUGGACGGAUCAGCUUGUAUUUUGGACCUUAGUGGCAUACCUGGCGGUGGCAAAACCUUUGAACUUAUAACCAAAUUUUGCUAUGGUGUUAAAAUAGAGCUCACGGCUUUGAAUGUAGUCAGCCUUAGAUGUGCAGCAGAGUACCUUCAAAUGACUGAUAAUUAUGGAGAAGGAAACCUUGUUGGGCAAACAGAGGCAUUCAUUAACAAAGUCUUCGAAAAUUGGACAGAUUCAAUUAAAGCUCUUCAAACAUGUGAAGAAGUUCUUCCAUAUGCUGAAGAGCUUCACAUUGUCUCAAGAUGCAUUGAUUCCUUGGCAAUGAAAGCCUGUGCUGAUCCAAACUUAUUUAAUUGGCCUGUGUCUUCAAAAAGUAAUGCGCAGAGCCCAGAAGACAAAGCCUUAUGGAAUGGAAUAUCAACUGCAAAUAAGCCACAACCUACAGGUGAUGACUGGUGGUACGAGGAUGCUUCUGUCCUAUGCUUACCUUUAUAUAAGCGAUUGAUUUUAGCUGUUGAAUUAAGAGGCUUGAAGCCUGAGAGUAUUGCUGCAGCCCUCAUGUCCUAUGCCAACAGGCACAUACCAGUUAUAAAUCGACAAUCAAACUUGGAUGAGGUAAACCUUGUUAGCCCUAUGGCAAGUAUUUCCGUUCCUUCUGAGGCAGAACAAAGAGUUUAUCUUGAGGAGAUUGUUCUGUUACUCCCAAUUAAGAAGGGAGUGACAUCAACAAAGUUUUUGCUUAGGCUGCUUAGGACUGCCAUGGUCUUACAUGCAAGUCCAGCAUGUCGAGAAAAUUUGGAAAAAAGGGUGGGAAUUCAGUUGGACCAAGCUUCCCUCGUGGAUCUACUCAUACCAAACAUGGGCUACUCAGAGACCCUCUAUGAUAUAGACUGUGUUCAGAGGAUUCUCGAUCACUUCAUGUCAGUUGAGCAUGCUGCAGCUAUUUCACCUCCCCACAGCAUAACUGAAGAAGUGCAAGUGAUGAAUGGACCUGAAUCAUUGACACCUAUGACCAUGGUGGCAAAUUUGGUGGAUGGAUAUCUAGCUGAGGUGGCUCCAGAUGUUCAUUUAAAGCUUCCCAAAUUUGAGGCACUUGCUGCUGUCAUUCCUGAUUAUGUCAGACCUGUAGAUGAUGGGAUUUAUCAUGCAAUUGAUGUGUAUUUAAAGGCACACCCUUGGAUUACAGACAUAGAGAGAGAGCACAUCUGUAGACUCAUGAAUUGCCAGAAGCUCUCACUCGAUGCCAGCACACAUGCAGCCCAGAACGAGAGGCUACCUCUUCGACUAGUUGUCCAAGUCCUCUUCUUUGAACAGCUUCGGCUACGAACAUCAAUUUCUGGCUGGUUCUUUGUCUCUGAAAAUUUGGAGAACUCACAGAUUCCUGGUGGCAGCCGCGAGCUGCCUAAAAAUGACGGGACCCAUCAAGACCAAGUUUGUGGUCAUUGAUGAUGU